AUGAAGUUUGACCUCCUCACCUCCUUCUUUCUCGCCUGCCUCACCACGGCUGCUCUUGCCGAGCCUAGCAGCUACCACGUGGACGAAGUGACUGUCCAGCUCGCAAAUGACCAGUCGGGCGCCAAUGCAAACGUCGAUGUUCCAGCAGAUGGCAAAAAGCGAUCAAUUGACUCUCUGUGGGGACACACUGCUGUUGCAAGGAAGGGUGUGGUGUACGCGUCAAGUGCACAGCUCACCAAGUUCCAGGAAGACACUCACUGUAAAAUAUUUGGAGAGCACCACCUCGAUGCCAAGCUCAAUUCUAGGCAGACUUGGGUUUCCUUGAAAGGUGGCGCGGUGGUGGCUUUGAAGGAUGCUUACAUCGUCUGUGAUGAUGAUUAG